UCAAGUUAGUUCUCGAUGAAGAAUUUAAAAGUGGGUGUUAAAGCGGUGAUUGCAAAGAGUUUUGAGAGGAUUCACCGAAGCAACUUGGUGGGAAUGGGAAUCAUCCCGUUGUGCUUUAAGUCUGGUGAAGACGCAGAUAGUCUUGGAUUGACUGGUCACGAACGCUACACAAUCAAUCCCCCAACCGAUAUCUCAGAGAUAAGACCUGGCCAAGAUGUUACUGUCACUACCGACAACGGAAAAUCUUUCACUUGCACAGUCCGCUUCGACACAGAGGUGGAAUUGGCAUACUUCAACCAUGGAGGCAUACUUCCAUAUGUUAUCAGAAACUUGAGCAAGCAAUAGUGAAGGAACCAACACAAUUUAUGGAGCAAAAUAAAAGAGAUUUUUCUGUUUAAAGUUGUCAUUUUUAAAAGGCAGAUAAGUCUGUCUAGGAUAGGU